GGUCGUCCUACGGUGACUCUGCAUCUCUUCUUCCUUUUCUUCCUUGUGCAACGUCGCCGAGAUAUCCUGACUUUAGUCCGCUUUUCCUGCUUCACGGCACUGAGACACGCCGACGCGGACGACACGAGAUUGGAAGACCAGAAAGAGUGGUAGAACGCAUCAAUCAACCGACAUGGCUACGCAGGUGACAACGGAGGCACAUACCAUGACGGUCACGGAACGGCCAAAGGACACGGAUAAGAAGACAACGUUUGACGAUCUGUCGGAGGAAAUCAAAGCAUUGAUCGUUGAGCGGGUCACUCGACCGAGCGACCUCAAACGAGUCUGCCUAGUGAGCAAAGAAUGCCAAAAGAUCGCUGUCCGCUUCCUCUACCGUAGCGUUGCCCUCGAUCUCGGCAGUCCGAACGACAGUCGCCUGUCCGCCUUUCUCAACCCUCGCAACAUUGGUCUGAAACACAUCAAACAGCUCCGACUAUACCUGGCCGGGGUACACGAUAGAUGCAAUCAGGAACAGCAAGCUCACUUCGCUACACGCAUGAUCCUCGAGUUCCUGCCGGAAGAUGUACUGGAGGAGUUUAGGAAGCAGCGCAAGAUGAAAUGGCUUGAAGUCAUUGACUUCGACCGUAACGCUCUACCCGAGUUGAAGAAGGACAAGCGGAUUCAAGGUUCACUGUUCCAGAAUGCGAAAAAGCUUGCGCUGUAUCCGGAAAAUCGCAACACCCUCAAUCUCAGCGGCUACUUUGUGGAAAAGACGGCGGACCACUUGCAAGAGCUGAUUGUGCACUGCAACUUCAUCGGUAAUGACUCCAGCGAGGUCAUUGAGUCGCGAGAAUUGAACGACACAGCAACUGGUCCAGGAUUGGUCACGAGGACCAUCUUUGGCUCAAUGCUGCCCUUCGACCAAUGCACGCCUUUCAAGAAUCUGAGGUCUCUUCGUUUACAUAAGCUGAGUCUACGACACUGUGCCGACACCUGGUGCAAAAUCAUCAACUUCCAGGAAUUACAAUACCUCCGAAUAUACCACUGCACCGGUGCUGACACCCUCCUUGAUCAGCUCUGCAAGGCCCGCAAUCUUCCAAAACAUCUCAAAGCGUUUGAGCUUCAACAUCGCGACAACUCGGAAAACGAAGCUCUCGUCGCUCUCGAUGGCUUCCUCUGUCUCGUCUCAGGAAUACGAGAUCUGGUAAUCGACAUCGAAAACGUCAAAGCACUCCCAGCCGCUGCAGGCAUUGUACGGCACUCCAAAACCCUCGAGCUCCUGAACGUUCACUGUGCUCAUGGUGAGACACAUAUUUCUCCAUCAAUGACGUCCUCGUAUUGCGACGGUGACGAGCUGGUGUGGGACAUCGAAGACUUCGAGAAGAUCUGCACGACUUGUACGGAUCUCGAGCAGCUGAGCUGCGCGUGGCCGGCCACGAGCUUGAUUCGUAGCCACGGCGAGGAAUGGAAGAGCUUUGAGAGGAGUGCUUCUCUUGCCAAGAUCGGUGUACGAGACUCUGCUGCAAGCUCUUGCCUUGCGAAUGUUCGAGAUGGCAGCAGGAACGCGCCCACGCUCUUCUGA